GAGCCUCUUGAACGUGUGCUGCGAAGUGAAAGCUGUGAUGCCGCUUUGGGGAGGGUUGAAGUGUUACAGUGGUUAAGUGUGCAGUCCAAGUGUCCAAGUGUUCUUUUACGCGGCUCUGCUCACUCCGGGAAUGUGAUGCCUUGUUACCCGACAGUGCGCGCUUAUGGACGGCUUGAGAAGGACGUCGGAGCGGUAUGAUCUGUCGCUCGGAUCGGAUCUCGAACUUUGACAUGAUGAGAAAAUGUGAAGCGGAAUUGCAUGGCCCUGGUAGACAUCGCGCCGAUGAGCUUGCUUCUCAUCGUCUUCCUCGUUUUGGUCUCGGGAUUUGGGAGUAAACCCAGAAAGCAGAAAUCAAAGAGAACCUUGAGGUGUAUCUGUGUUGUUUGGGGUCUAGGCAGUAAUCUGGAGUACCACAUAAACCUCGAGGGCUGGAAUUCUUUCUUAAUUCUAAGCUGUCUGAGUCUAUUUACGACGCAUGUGAAUGCUCACAGUCACCAGAGUCUAAUAGAGCUGCAAGUGGUGCUCAACGAAAUGGCGCCCUUGUUUGACGGAUCGAAAGCGUCCUUGUAUGCACCUUUGCCGAAUGUAAAAGAAUGCACUAAAAAGUUAAUGCUCUGCUACCUACUGGAGUGCAAUGUUAUGCUACAUGAGGAAAACGGCAAUAAGGAUAACUUAGAGUUUAUUGAACAACUUACAGAAGUGUACUCCGACUCCCAAAACUGCAGUAUGUGUUUAGCAUGUGAAACUCACCCACUUGCCGACUCCAGAACAUUCUCUCAAAGGAUGCAGACAUUUGUUCAGAAACUGUUAUCAGAUACGAGCAGUCAAUCGGGAGACUGUGGUUAGCACACUAAACAUACACCACAGCCAUGAUAAAAAUGUCAUCUGAAGUUUUAUAGGGAAACCAAUCCAAGCUCUUACAUAUUACUUCGGCCGCAUUUGAACAUUUCACUGAUGGGAUGAAAACCAACACCUCCAUGUCCAAAAAGAGUGAGAUGCUCCCUUCAGGUGAAAAGACAUCUUGGAAUCUUUGGAAUGUUGACAAUUGAUGAAAAAGAGAAUGUGAGAUUGACUAACGGAUCAGGUCAGCAGCAGUGUUACUGUUUCGGCGAUUUGUUCGAUGCAGGGGAAACGGGGGAACCAGGGAUGGAUUAACGCACUCUCUCGCAUGCCGUAGAUAAAAAGACCUUUAUUUUUCUUGACAAAAACAAAUAAUGAAUGAAAACUUGUUGAAAUGAAACCUUACUACUGAAUUUAGCGUAAAAUGACUUAUUGUGAAUUGGCGUGCAGGAGUGUGGUCAAAAAAGGUGUGCUUCCCAGCUCUCCAUUUCCAUCCGCACCUGUUGGAAGGUUAACCCGCGUUAUAUGCACCUCCCAUACCACACGUGACCCAUGACCCAGGAGCAAACGCACCACCAAACCUCACAAUCACAACACAAUCCCAAACAAACAGAUCAAGAACAGCCCCAAAUUCCAACUCCACAAAAAAAUGGCAUAAUGGCUGUAACAGUUACAGUCGCUGUGCCGGUGUGUGGUGAUGAAGCAGGACCGCAGGAAUUUUCAUUCGAAGCUCUCUGUUUACUCGUCUAUCUAUGUGCCUGGUGAGAUAUGGUGGAGCUCUGCAAUUUGGGAGGACCUCAGCUUAGAGCCAAAUUAAGAGGAGCCAGUUGAGGUGGUUUGGGUGGUUGGUGCACAUUACCCUGUUCAGCUGCAUCAGGCGUGUUGCCUCGGGGCAGACCCAGGACCUGCUGGAGAAAUCAUGUCGCAAAGUUGGCCUGGGGGCAUCCACUCUGAGAAGCUGGAAUCUGUGGCCAGGGACAGAGAAGUCUGGACUGACCUUCUCAGCCUGUUGUUACCAUGACUGGGUUUGUGUCUACACAUAAACCUGACCUUAACAUCAAAUAAAAAGAAACGGCUGUGACUACAAGAAAAUCUGAAAAGUAACUAUUGAUAGGAAUGUUACCGAGUGUAAUCUGCAGCAGAAUAUACUAUAUCGAAUGAUGAAUAGUCUUUACUAUUUCUUGUGUAUGUAUAAUCUAGAGGUGUCUAGAAACAUAUAAGGAAGUUCAUUAUGAUAAAUACUUUGAACUGUUAUAAUUCGAAGACAUUUGAACUUACGGGCAUCUCUAAAGAAUUCCAAAACAGGAGUGGGUGGCUGACUUUGAAAUUGUAAAACAAGUGUUCUACUUGCAUUAAUAUUAAGGUCAGGGAGCCAUACCUUUACUCCGUUUAUAGACUAAUGCAUCUAAUAACGCAGUUAUUCACACACUGACAUCUUUGGGAGUGAUCGCUAAUAUAUGUAUAUUUUUUUUUACUUGUUGCAUUAAUAAAGUUAAAGGAUGUAAUCCAAUAAAGGCCAGCUCUGUUUUGUCCUGCUCUGACCUUUAGAAGGAAUCAAUAAGUAAUGAAUCAAUAGCAUCCUUAUACCACAAUACUACUGCUCGAUUCAAUCUGAUUGGUCUGAAUGUGUUGAUGAAUUUUCUGAAACAACUAACUUACAGGGACUUGUAUGGCAAAAACGUCCACCUAAUCCAAGUCAUUAUUUAGAAUUUUUUUAGCACAUGCUAUUAUUGUCCCCAACUGUUAAGAAACAAUCCUUCCUGUUGAUAAACAUACAGUGGAUUCCAAAAAUAUUCAGACCCCUUUUAUUUAUGGCACGCUUUAUCCUGUUGUUGGAUUUGCGAACGAAGGAGAUGCUCGUAGAGACAAAUCCAUGAAGACUUAUAGCUGUAACUGCUGCCAAAGGGGCUUCUACAACGUACUGAAUAAAGGGUCUGAAUUCUUUUCUGAAUAAGAGAUUUCAGUUUUUCAUUUUUAAAUCAUUUUCGAAAAUCUCCCUUAUAGCCAUUCAAAAUAAAAUCCACAGCACAAUCAAGUGUACAAGAAGUAGAAAUCUACUGUAAACAAUCACAAAACUAGCCCGGAUUGUUUGCAUUGUUUUGCAAGAGCUCAAAAACUCCAGGGUAUGCUUUUAUAAUCUUUAAAGACUUUUUUUUUAUAAUCUUUAAAAAAAAAAAAAAAAAAAAAAAUAGAUGAGGUUAGGUUUCAGGUUUAGCAACAAGUUUUAGCUAAAGACAAUAUGACUGCUAUUUGAUCUGUGUGCGUGUGCAUUUGAGGGAGACGCACAGAGUUUGAGAGGCUUUUCACGCCUGCUUUA